GUCAAGCAGUAUAAAAUUCAACAAACUUUCCUAUUCCUAGGCGAGGCUCAAUGCAUGCUUCCACCACAACAAGACAACGUGAUUAGUGAGACAUCCCAACCUGCUGGAAAUAUUUCAACGUCCACUCUCUUUGACUUCCCUGACAAUCUAGUCUUUUGGACGACCAGGAAACAUGGGGGGAACAAAAAAGAAGAAGUAUGAGAGAGGAGCGGCAACAGCUUUUGUGUCGAGAAACAAAGCCUUAAAGAAGUUGCAGCUCUCUCUCCCAGACUUCAGAACGUUGUGCGUCUUCAAGGGCAUUUACCCGGUGGAGCCUCUACACAAAAAGAAAGUGAACAAAGGUAGUACAGCCAUCAAGACCUACUACAAUCUCAAAGACAUCCAGUUUCUGUCACAUGAACCUCUCAUCAACAAAUUUAGAGAGAAAAAGCAUUAUGUGCGGAGACUCAAAAAAGCUAUUGCAAAGAAAAACAGAUUUGCAGAGUCCAUCAUUAGAGACAACAAACCAGUGUACAGCUUGAAGUCUGUGAUCAAGGAGAGAUAUCCGUCGUUCACUGAUGCGCUACGGGACCUGGACGACUGCCUCAACUUGAGCUUUGUUUUUGCCUCACUCCCUCACUCCAAGCUGAUUCAUGUGGAUCUUGUGCAAUUGUGUCGCAAAAGAACCGUUGAGUUCCAACACUUUGUGAUGGCCACCAAGGCAUUACGAAAGGUGUUUGUAUCGAUCAAGGGCAUUUACUACCAGGCAGACAUCAAAGGGGAGACCAUCACAUGGGUUGUGUCACACAAACGAGGGCACCAGCAUCCGCAAGAGGUGGACUACAAGAUCAUGAAGACAUUUGCGGAGUACCACUCUGUCCUUUUGGGCCACAUCAACAUCAAGCUGUACAGCGAUUCUCAUCUGGUCUAUCCACCACAGAUUGAAGAGGAGAUCGGCUAUGUGUCUAAAAAGUUCUGCCUGGAAGGAGACAAAAUGGAUGAGCAUUUGGCUUGUUUGUCCUUGCCCAUCAAGUCGGCCGGAGAUUUUGUAGAGGAGGAAGAAGAUGACCCAGAGGUGGAUCAGCUCAAUGCAGCCACCGAAGACGAUCCAGACUUUGUGGAAAAGUCAAAAUUGGAGGCAGAGAGUGUGCGACAACUGCAGAGCUUGUUCAAGGGGUUGAAAUUUUUCCUUGGCAGGGAGGUCCCAAGAGAUGAGCUGACGUUUGUCAUUCGAUCAUGCAGUGGCCAGGCAUCCUGGGACGACAUGCUUGGGCUGGGCGCGACGUAUGAGGAAUCGGACGACUGCGUCACUCACCAGAUUGUUGACCGACCUGCUGUACAGAACCAGAGACUGGACAGGACGUAUGUGCAGCCCCAGUGGGUGUUUGACUGCAUCAACGCUCGGGUUUUGCUGCCAGUGAAGGAUUACUUCCCUGGAGUACCAUGCCCCCCUCAUCUGUCUCCCUUUGUGGAGGAGAAGGAAGGAGAGUAUGUACCGGAAGACAAAGUCAAGUUCCUCAACCGCAUCAAAGGUCUUGACGAGGCGGAGGAGGAUGAAUCUGAGCCAGAGGACAGUGAGGAAGAAGAGGAAGAGGAGGAAGAAGAAGAAGAGAAGCCUAAGAGCAGAAAGAGGCAGAGGCAGGACACAGAAGAAGCAGAAACAGAGGGCAAAGUGGCAAAGAAGUCAAAGGUGAACUCCAUGGCCGUGACGGAGGGACGCGUGGAGAAGGUGGACAAGGGGAAGUUACUGGCACGCCAGCAGGCUGAGGAGAAGCGUCUCGGUGAGAUGAUGAUCCCAAAGAAGCACCGCCGACUCUACCACAAGAUCAUGACUUCCAAAAAGAAGAGCUCACAAGAGGCGAAAAAACUGCAGGAGAAGAAAGACAAGAUUACUAAGGAAAAGAAGAAAAAGAAGAAGCAAACUGGAUAGAUGUGUUGACGUGUGUGUGUGGACGUGUUUUGGAUAAAUGUGUCGGAUGUAUGUGUGUAUGGACGGGUUUAGAAAGUGAUACUUUUUGUAUGCUGGUCAAAAGUUGUGAGUGUCUGUGAUGAGGAUGACGACGAAUGGUUAUGUCACGUGUAUGAUGAGGACUGUGUGAAUGCAUGUCGGUAGAAAUCUUGUAUUGUUGCCGUAGAUGUACUUCAAAUGUGUUAACAUGGAUUUUAUUGGGCAAUGUUAUUUUUCUGCGUCAAACAUUGGUAUGGUGGAAAUAAAUAAUUAUACGAAAACCUC